AUGGCCGAGCUGCCGCGCAACAUAGUCCUCGUGGGCUUCAUGGCCUCGGGAAAGACCAGCGUGGGCCGGGCGCUGGCGGACAGUACCGGAUGGGCGUUCGUCGACGCCGACGACGUGAUUGUGGAGCGGGCGGGCAAGCCGAUCCACCGCAUCUUCAGCGAAGACGGCGAACCAGCCUUCCGGGAGUUGGAGAGCCGGGUCAUCGCCGACCUCUGCGCGGGAGAGCGGCAGGUCAUAGCCUCGGGCGGCGGCUCGUUCGUCAGUCCGCAGAACCGCGACGUUAUGCUGUCGGGCGGGCGGGUGUUCUUCCUGUCAGCCAGUCCCACUGAGAUCCUGCGUCGGGUGCGGGAGGAGGACGCCGGCGGCCCCAUACGCCCGCUGCUGGCCGUCGACGACCCGGAGGCGCGCAUCGCCGAGCUGCUGGCCCAGCGAGCACCCGCCUACGCGCAGGCGCACCACACCGUGGAGACCGACGGGGUGACGGCGGAUGGGGUGGCGGAGAGGGUUGGGGGGAUGUGUGGAAUUAGCGUAAAGGGUUCGGGAGGUUAG